CGCUCGACCUCCGCUGCGGCUGCAUUCCGGUUGUCCCUUUGCGGCCGCCGUCGCGCGCUGCCCGCCGGGAAGCAGGCGGAGCGCGGCUCCGACUCCAAGAUGGCGGCCGUGUCGGCGGUGCGGCGCCUGGUGCAGCGGCCCCGCGGCCUCCUCCUGCCGCCGCCGCCCGCGCCCAGCUUGCGGCCUCCACAGGCCAACAUGUCGUCGUUCUCGGGCCUGUCCCGUGGCAGGAAGGUGGCCCUGUCUGCGCUGGGAGUGCUGGCAGCGAGCGGGGCCGGGAUCGCACUGGCUCUGCACAGGGCAGUGAACGCCACCGAACUGGAGCUGCAUCCUCCCUCCUACCCCUGGAGCCACUCAGGCUUCCUGUCCGCCCUGGACCACAGCAGCGUCCGGCGCGGCUACCAGGUGUACAGGCAGGUGUGCUCAGCCUGCCACAGCUUGGAGUACUUGGCCUUCCGCCACCUCGUCGGCGUGUCCCACACGGAGGACGAAGCCAAGGCCCUGGCCAGCGAGGUGGAGGUGCAGGAUGGCCCCAAUGACGAAGGGGAGAUGUUCAUGCGCCCCGGCAAGCUCUCGGAUUACUUCCCCAAGCCCUACCCCAACCCCGAGGCAGCGCGGGCGGCCAACAACGGGGCAAUGCCCCCAGACCUCAGCUACAUUGUCCUUGCCAGGCACGGGGGUGAGGACUACAUCUUCUCCCUCCUCACUGGCUACUGCGACCCACCCUCCGGGGUGAGCGUCAGGGAAGGGCUGUACUACAACCCCUACUUCCCGGGCCAGGCCAUCUCCAUGGCACCGCCCAUCUACAACGAGAUCCUGGAGUUCGAUGAUGGGACCCCAGCAACCAUGUCCCAAAUCGCAAAGGACGUAUGCACGUUCCUGAAGUGGGCCGGAGAGCCCGAGCACGACCACCGCAAGCUCAUGGGCAUAAAGAUGCUGCUAAUCAGCGCGUUCCUGAUACCCAUCAUCUACUUCAUGAAGCGCCACAAGUGGGCUGUGCUGAAGAGCAGGAAGCUGGUGUACCGGCCCCGCAACUGAGGCCUGGCGGGGCCCCGCAGCCCAGCCCGUGGUGCAGUCUGCACAGCUGGCUGGCCCGGCGGGCGCCUGCUCCUCGCUGCUGCAGCAGCUGUUAUUUAAGAAUGUCCUCCCCUCCCAGACACAGCCCCUCACCGCCGGCCUGGCCCGGGCUCCGGGUCCACGGUGUGGAGCUGCUGUCUCUUCACGUGGCUCGGGGCAGGGAGACCGGUGCUGAGCCGCAGGGGGGGAGUGUUUGCACGUGCCUCAGCCUUCCCCUGCCGUCCAGCCAGGCUGCAGGGCCCCUCGCCUCCACCUGACUGCCUCCAGUGUGGCUGUUUGGGGGCCUCGCUCUUGCCAGCUGUGCAUAAGGGGAGGGGUUGUGCCCUACUGCCCCAGCCACCUUCCCAGGGAGGGCUGAGCCUGCGGGGUCCGGUCUGACUGGGCCAUGCCGUGCCGUGCCGUACUGUACUGCGUGGUGCACUCAUUAAACGGCUAAUUCCA